UUUUCUUCGAUCAGGAACAACACUGAUACUUGUGGUUCUGUGGUUUCAAAUGUAUUUUAGUUGUUAUGUUAUUUGUUAUUUUCAAAAACUAAAGUAAAAGCUGUUUCAAUUUUAUGACUGAACAAGUAAAUAAUGGCUCCAGUUAAUAAAAUGAAAACGUACGGUCGGUCGAAUAGCAGUAUUGUGAACAAUUCCAUCGAUGCUUUCAAUGUUCUAUUUGCAAAAAACAUGACCAAAAGGCUUAUUGGAAGAAAGAGGAAAAAAAACAUGUGUUCAAUCAAACCACUACCUCCAAGAACUAGAUCUGAAACCAUUUUUGAAGAUUCCCUCCAUGUUUCUACAGAAGAUACUUUUGACAAGCUUUUAAGAGGAAAUGUUCGUAAAAAAGACAAGGCUCAAUCCCAACCUGAGGAGUCAAAUAUUUCGAAAUUGCUGCUCAAUGAAAGCAAAUCCAGAUCUGUAACAGGAAGUAAAAGUUUUUACUCCCCAGUUAUGACAAGGAGUAGACUGAAUGCCAAAUUAUCAAAGUCCUCAAGCAUUCAGGAAAUAUCUUCUAGUGUAGAAAAUAACUCCAACAACAUGACUAACCCAUACCAGUAUCGAUUAACAGAACCAACUGUGGAUGGAAUAGAUGCUAGUCUAGAAAUAGAAUCUGCACGGAAAAAUAAUGAUUCUUCAAGUUACAUUAUUGUGGAUAAAAUUCCUAGUCUUUUUACUGAAGUGAAUAGCUCCCAACCCAUUUACAAUAAUAUCUUUACAAAGACAUUUCGUGAUAAGCAACAUAUUCAUUGCAGUACUCCUAUAACCAAAUCUCGAGCGAUUGUUGACAACCAUACUAUGUCCCCCAUCAAAAAUAUAAGCUCGCUGGUUAAGGAGUCUUUUGAAGAAAUCAAAAAGUGGGAUGAGAAGUUUCCAAUAACAAAUAUGAUGCAAAAUGAAAGUCUUGCAAAAAGAUCUUCAAAACCACCUAGAAAUAGUUCUGAGGAAUGCAGCUUUAAAGGAUUCACUAAGCAAGAACAAGAUGUGAUUCAAAUUGAUGAGAGUUCUAAAAUCAAUCCUGAAAGCUAUACAUCUCCAAUGAAAUCAGUAGAGAGAUCAGAUUUUCAUUCAUCCUCAAUGCCCCAAAAUCGCUUGAUUGUGAGUUUGGAUGCUUUUAGUACUUUUGAAAAUCAAAAUAAUUCUCAGAGCUCCAAGGAAUCAAAUUUGCAUUCAGAGACAAAUUGCCAGGAAGAAUGUGAAACUCCUGUGAAUUUCAUUACCAAAAGGCGGAAAGUAUGUUCAGACAGUCAGUUGAAAUUAAGUUCUAGAGAAAAUUAUGAAAAUAGUAGAUCUUUUGUGGCGCAAAAUAAAUCGACAAUUGAACAGUCAAAGAUGUUUCCUCAAAUCUGUGAUAUUUUGAGUGAAAAUAAAUCAUCCGAGGAUGAAAGUGAUAUGGAAACUAUAAGUCUGAAGGAAUUAGUUGUUAAUUUAAGCAGAAUACCUGAAUCAACACUAAGGUCUAAAAGGGAAAGCUCUGUCAGAAACAGUUUGUCAAGUUUUGAAGAGUUCUAUUCAAAAAGUAUCAGAGAAAUAAGUCAAUGUGAAAAUGUAAUCAACACUGCCAAAAAUGCUCAAGAGGACAAAGAUCUCAUAGUAAAUUUAACUAGAAAUCAACAUCACAUGUUGACCAAAUAUGUUCCCCAAUGUACAAACAAAAAACUUUUGGUUGAUCUUACACAAAAUGUAGAUAUUUUUGAGAAUUUUUAUUCUGAAAAUUAUAGUGUAUCUGAUUCAGGAAGCUGUUUAGAUACGAAUUCAAAUACUGGAUUCAGUUGUUCAAACAACCACAGUGAUGAGUCGGUAAUUGAAAGUUCUUUUAUAGAAAAACCCAAUAAAGUCGUUAAGAAUGUAUCAUCCUUGGUAUCAUCACAUGUAAAAAUAAAUAGCCAACAAAAUGAUGUGUUAAAUAGUAGCGAGAAAAAUACUAUUAUUAGAUCAAACUCAUUGUCAAAUUCAAGGAGUGAAAAUAGUGAAACCAUUAAAGUUACAUAUACAAGUGUGAAUUCUUAUAAAAAUAAUAUAACUCAUACAUCAGAACCACAUAAAUUAUCAUUUAUUAGUGAAACUUCUCUCCAAGAAAGUUAUAAAGAACAUUCAUCUGACAUUAUUGAAAGUUCAAUCCAAGAAUGUAGUCCAAUUGAUGCAGAUGGUUUUAAAGUUCCUGCUGCCAAGAUUCUAGUAUUAAAAUCUGGUAAAAAUUGGCGACGUUCUUUGUCAUUAUAUAGAAGAAGUAGUAUAUUAAUUGGCAAUACAGUAGAAAAACCACAUCAAAGGGAUAUUGAAAAAUGUUGCAGUCAGAAGGGCGACGUGCCUGAGAAGUAUCCAACAUUCAAUAGAAGGCUGUCCAUAAGAGUAGUACCAGUUGAACAGUUACAUCCCACAAGAAUCAUUAGAGCUACCACACCCUUGAAGGAUUACGCAUGCAAUACAAGUUAUGUACCAGAGCAAGUUGUCCUCGAAGAUAAUUUGGAAAAUAACCUUAGAUGUCUAUCGUUGAGUGGAAGAAGCUCUGUAACACAAAAUCCAUUACCUGCUCCUGUCACUGCUAGAGAAAUCGUAUUGAGGAGAUGUGGACAAACGGAACCCAUACCAUUUUCAGAAUGCUAUCCGGAAAGCGUACUUCAGAAUUGCCAGAAAAUAGGGGAAGGGGUUUAUGGAGAGGUAUUCCUCUUCAAAAAACCCAAAGGAGGCACAUCUGUAAUGAAAGUUAUUCCAAUAGAAGGCGACCAAAUAGUUAAUGGAGAGAGGCAGAAAAAGUUUGACGAAAUUCUUUCUGAAGUAAUAAUAGCAAUGGAGCUGAGUAACCUGAGGAAAAACAACAAAAAUGCCACAUGUGCUUUUUCAGAAGUCCAGAAAAUCCAGUGUGUUCGGGGGCGUUAUCCAGAAAAACUCCUGGACCUGUGGGAGUUAUAUGAAGAAACCAGUGGAUCAGAAAAUGACUGCCCUGACAUUUUCAGAGAAGACCAACUCUACAUUGUCCUCCAGUUGGCAAAUGGUGGCAAGGAUUUGGAAUCUUAUAUAUUCAACAAUGCCUGUCAAGCUCAUGCCAUGUUCAAACAAGUUGCCUUAGCACUAGCAGUUGCUGAAAAUCAAUUAUUUUUCGAACACCGUGACCUACAUUGGGGCAACGUGCUGCUAUCUACUGUGGAAAAAAAUAAAGUGGUCAAUUUUUGUCUCGAUGGGGAAACUUUCAAUAUCCAAACGAAGGGCGUUGAGGUUGCCAUUAUAGAUUUCACCCUUUCAAGAAUCGAAUAUGAUGGUGUGGUCAUUUUUAAUGACUUGGCUUUAGAUCCUGAUUUGUUCAAUGCCGAAGGAGAUUAUCAGUUCGAAGUAUAUAAGCUAAUGCAGAAGAAAAACAGAAAUAACUGGUUGGAGUACGAACCUUAUACAAACUUGCUGUGGCUACAUUACAUUUUGGACAAAGCCAUAACUGCCUUACGGUACAAAAACGCACAAUCAAAAAUACACAAAGAUAACUUGAUGAAACUCAAACAGCUUUACAAUGAAGUGUUGAAUUACAAGAGUGUAAAAGAUUUUGUUUUUAAUUGUCUGUUGUAAAUUGAAAUGUAUUCUUCAUAUUUCAUUGAUUGUAUAGUUUUAUAUUGUUUUGAGUUUUAUAAAUUGAAUUUGUAUGUGUAUCUUUUUUGUAAAUACUGACGUUACACACUUGAGUUUUA